GGCUUCCCUCGGCUCAGGCUCCUCCCGCACGGCCGCGGUAACGCCGCGGGGCCAGGCCCGGCGGGAUCGGCCCCGCCCGCCGCUCUGGGGCCACGGCGGCGGCUCCGCCUUCCCGCCAUGGCGGAGGAGCGGCGGUUCCGCUCGGCCUGUGGGGCGCCCAUCGCACUGCGGCGCCGCCAGCACAGCGCGUCCUGCCGGGAGCUGGCCGUGCGCGGGCCCCGCCUGCAGCUCCGCUCGCUCAGCGCCGCCACCUCCGCCGUCUGGCUGGCGGCCUACGGGCUCUUCGCGCUAAGCGAGAAUAGUGUGGUGCUUUCUGCCGCAAUCUUCAUCUCACUGAUUGGCCUGAUCAUAUACCUGCACUUCAUCAAAAUUGACCAGGAAUCCCUGUUGGUCAUUGGCUCACUCGGUAUUCAGGUGACUUCAUCCUACGCUUCAGGAAAAGAGAGCACAACCUUCAUUGAGAUGGGUCAGGUGAAGGAUGUGGUUAUCAACGAAGCCAUCCAUAUGCAAAAAGUUAUCUACUACCUGUGUAUCCUCCUCCAGGACCCUGAAGAUCCUCAGGGAGUAUCUGAGGUCGUGCCACUCUUUCAGAGCUCCAAGCCGCGUCUGGACUGCUUGAUAGAAGUGUAUAAAAGUUGUCAAGAAAUCCUGGAGCAGAGGAAGACAGCUCCACAGUCAAGUGGAAUAAAAUAGCUGAAAAAAAAACCAAACAAGGCAGCAGACUUCCAGCAGAACUCAGAGGGACCCAUGGAAAAGCAAGCAAAACCACCCCAUGGCUUUCAUUUAUUAGAUGAGUAGAAAGUGGUGCAGUGAUGUUAGGGCUAAAGGCCUGCACUGCUUCAUAGAAUUGUUAGAGAAAAUGUCAGCUCAAGCACAGAAGUGAACCUUGAAAUCCUCUGCUUUGAAGACAGGUGAGCAGAACUUUUUAGGCUUAGACAGAAAAGACUUACAGAGAAAUAGGGCAGAGGGAGACAAAAAAAUGCAUUGAUUGUUUACUUUUUUGUACAUCUGAAAAUUAUGCUAAAAUCAUAAUGUAACUUUGGCUGGACUGCCAAAAAUAUGCAUUCUUUGGUUCCUAUUUAACCCUUUGUUUGAAAAAACCACUCUAAAUACCAAAGCUGUUGUGUAGACUGAGAUGGAAAAUUCCUGAUCACAGGAGAAUUUCAUAAGGACAAUUACAGAAAAUGAAAACAUACUGUUGGAUUCAGUUACGUUUAAUGAAAUAAACAUAAAAGAGCAGACUUACCUCUUCAGGGAUCUGCUUGAAAGAGUCCCAUGGGAUGGGGCCCUAGAGGCAAGAGGGGUCCAAGAAAGCUGACUGAUAAUUAAGGAUCAUUUCUUCUAAGCUCAAGAACAAUCCAUCCCAAUGAGCAGGAAGUCGAGCAGAAAUGCCAGGAAGCCUGCAUGGAUGAGCAAGUUGCUCCUGGCAAAACUUGAACACAAAAAGGAAGUAUACAGAAUGUGGAAUUAGGGACAGGUAACUUAGGAGGAAUACAGCAACACUGUUCAAGAUGUGGUUAAGACUGUCUGGGGAUGAAUCUGUUGAGGGAUGUCAAAAGCAGCAAGGAUGGCUUCAGUAAGUACUUAAGUAUCAAAAGGAGUACAGGGAAAAUGUGAACCCAUUGCUGAAUGGGACAGGGACCCGGUGACACAGAACAUGGAAAAGAUGUGGCAUUAAAAGGGCCACAUCAAUUACUCCAAGAAUAUGAGGCAGCUUGGAGGCAGAUGUAGAAAAUCAUGGUAACGACAAUGUGAAUAAAGCUUUAUUGAUCUGUGCUCUUGGGAGUAACUUAAAGUUGGGAAAUUCUUCUUUGUUGAUAAGCUAAAAGUCACUGUAACCCUUAACUGGUAUUUUUCUCUUUUUUUUUUUUUCCCCAUGACUCCUUAGAAAUAUAACUGAUCUAAACCCACAAGUUGGCAGGAGCCUGGGGUCAUGCUUCAUUUGCA